AUGGCGGAGGCCUGGCUCCCACCGGGCAUGCGCGGGGCCCGCUCGGCGCUCGCUCCCCUCGGCCGCCGCCCCGGCGAGGGCCCGGGCGGCGGCGGUGGCGGCGGCGCCGGCGGCGGUGGGAGCGCUGGGGGGCUGCAGCCCGGCGGGCGCGGCAGCAGCGCGGCGCGGCCCGCCAGCCCCAGCCCCUCGGUGGCCAGCGAGAAGGAGAAGGACGAGCUGGAGCGGCUGCAGCGGGAGGAGGAGGAGAGGAAGAAGAAGCUGCAGCUCUACGUCUUCGUCAUGCGCUGCAUCGCCUACCCCUUCAAUGCCAAGCAGCCCACCGACAUGGCCCGCCGGCAGCAGAAGAUAAGUAAGCAGCAGCUCCAGACAAUCAAAGAUCGUUUCCAGGCCUUUCUCAAUGGAGAAACCCAGAUUGUGGCCGAUGAAGCAUUUAUAAAUGCUGUCCAGAGCUACUACGAGGUGUUCCUGAAAAGCGACCGCGUUGCCAGGAUGGUGCAGAGCGGAGGGUGCUCAGCAAAUGACUCCCGAGAGGUCUUCAAGAAGCACAUUGAGAAGAGAGUGCGCAGCCUGCCAGAAAUUGAUGGCCUCAGCAAGGAGACAGUCCUGAGCUCUUGGAUGGCAAAGUUCGAUGCUAUUUACCGUGGGGAGGAGGAUCCCCGGAAGCAACAGGCCAGGAUGACAGCGAGUGCUGCCUCAGAGCUCAUUCUCAGCAAGGAGCAGCUCUAUGAGAUGUUCCAGAACAUUUUAGGGAUCAAGAAAUUUGAGCAUCAGCUUCUGUACAAUGCAUGUCAGCUGGACAACCCUGAUGAGCAAGCAGCGCAGAUCAGACGCGAGUUAGAUGGACGUCUUCAAAUGGCAGAACAAAUUGCCAAGGAGCGCAAGUUUCCCAAGUUUGUGUCCAAAGAAAUGGAGAACAUGUACAUUGAGGAGCUGAAGUCAUCUGUCAAUCUCCUGAUGGCAAACUUGGAGAGCAUGCCUGUGUCUAAAGGAGGCUCCGAGUUCAAGCUGCAGAAGCUGAAACGUAGCCACAACACCUCAAUAAUUGACAUGGGAGAGGAAAAUGAGAACCAGCUUUCCAAGUCAGACGUCGUGUUGUCAUUCUCCCUGGAGGUUGUCAUCAUGGAGGUGCAGGGGCUGAAGUCGCUGGCCCCCAACCGCAUCGUGUACUGCACCAUGGAAGUUGAAGGUGGGGAGAAGCUGCAGACGGACCAGGCUGAAGCCUCAAAGCCAACCUGGGGCACCCAAGGAGACUUCACGACAACCCACGCACUUCCUGCAGUGAAGGUGAAGCUGUUCACGGAGAGCACAGGAGUUCUGGCUCUGGAGGAUAAGGAGCUUGGGAGGGUUGUUCUCCACCCUACUCCUAACAGCCCAAAGCAGUCAGAGUGGCACAAAAUGACUGUUUCCAAAAACUGCCCAGAUCAAGACCUGAAGAUCAAGCUUGCUGUGCGAAUGGAUAAGCCUCAAAACAUGAAGCACUCUGGGUAUUUAUGGGCCAUUGGUAAAAAUGUUUGGAAGAGAUGGAAGAAACGAUUCUUUGUCCUGGUCCAGGUUAGUCAAUAUACAUUUGCUAUGUGCAGCUACCGGGAGAAAAAAGCAGAACCUCAAGAGCUGCUGCAGCUCGACGGAUACACUGUGGACUACACCGACCCACAGCCAGGUUUGGAUGGUGGCAGAACAUUCUUCAACGCUGUGAAAGAAGGAGACACGGUGAUUUUUGCGAGUGACGAUGAGCAGGACCGUAUCCUGUGGGUCCAAGCCAUGUACCGAGCCACUGGCCAGUCUCACAAACCUGUGCCACCUACCCAAGUGCAAAAGCUAAAUGCUAAAGGAGGAAAUGUACCCCAGAUAGAUGCUCCAAUCUCUCAAUUUUAUGCAGAUAGAGCUCAAAAGCAUGGCAUGGAUGAAUUUAUCUCUUCCAAUCCCUGUAACUUUGACCACGCUUCACUCUUUGAGAUGGUUCAGCGCCUCACUUUGGACCACAGACUUAAUGAUUCCUAUUCUUGUCUGGGCUGGUUUAGUCCUGGCCAGGUCUUUGUGCUAGAUGAGUAUUGUGCACGUAAUGGAGUGAGAGGCUGUCACAGACAUCUCUGCUACCUCAGAGAUUUGCUAGAGCGCGCAGAAAACGGAGCUAUGAUUGACCCCACCUUACUUCACUACAGCUUUGCCUUUUGUGCAUCACAUGUUCAUGGCAACAGGCCUGACGGGAUAGGAACUGUGACCGUGGAUGAGAAAGAGCGUUUCGAAGAGAUCAAGGAGCGGCUUCGUGUGCUGCUGGAGAAUCAGAUCACACAUUUCAGGUACUGCUUUCCGUUUGGCCGUCCAGAGGGUGCACUGAAAGCCACUCUGUCAUUGCUGGAAAGGGUUCUGAUGAAAGACAUAGUUACUCCGGUCCCUCAAGAGGAGGUAAAAACAGUCAUCCGUAAAUGCUUGGAGCAAGCAGCUCUAGUCAAUUAUACUCGACUAUCAGAGUAUGCCAAAAUUGAAGGGAAAAAGAGAGAAAUGUAUGAGCAUCCUGUCUUCUGCUUGGCCUCUCAAGUGAUGGAUUUAACCAUUCAGAAUCAAAAGGAUGCAGAGAAUGUAGGCCGGUUAGUCACUCCAGCUAAAAAGUUAGAAGAUACAAUACGUCUGGCAGAGUUGGUAAUUGAAGUCCUACAGCAAAACGAAGAGCACCACGCAGAGGCCUUUGCUUGGUGGUCAGACCUAAUGGUUGAGCAUGCGGAGACCUUCCUGUCCCUGUUUGCAGUGGAUAUGGAUGCAGCGUUAGAGGUGCAACCCCCAGACACCUGGGACAGCUUCCCGCUCUUCCAGCUCAUAAACGAUUCCCUCCGUAGCGACUAUAAUUUGUGCAAUGGAAAAUUCCACAAACACCUCCAAGACCUGUUUGCUCCACUUGUUGUUAGAUAUGUCGAUCUGAUGGAGUCCUCAAUUGCACAGUCAAUUCACAGGGGCUUUGAGCGGGAGUCAUGGGAGCCAGUAAAGAGUUUAACAAGUAAUCUGCCCAAUGUGAAUCUACCAAAUGUGAAUCUCCCUAAAGUACCAAAUCUACCAGUUAACAUCCCACUAGGCAUCCCACAAAUGCCUAGCUUUUCUGCACCGUCAUGGAUGGCUGCUAUUUAUGAUUCUGACAAUGGAUCAGGCACCUCAGAAGAUAUGUUCUGGAAACUUGAUGCCCUACAGACCUUCAUUCGGGAUUUGCACUGGCCUGAGGAGGAGUUUGGGAAACACUUAGAGCAGCGCUUGAAGCUUAUGGCAAGUGACAUGAUCGAGUCCUGUGUGAAAAGAACAAGGAUUGCAUUUGAAGUAAAACUGCAGAAAACCAGCCGAUCAACAGAUUUCCGAGUCCCUCAAUCAAUAUGCACCAUGUUUAAUGUCAUGGUGGAUGCCAAAGCUCAGUCUACAAAGCUUUGCAGUAUGGAAAUGGGCCAAGAGUUUGCAAAAGAGUGGCACCAGUACCAUUCAAAAAUAGAUGAACUAAUUGAGGAAACCGUCAAAGAAAUGAUAACACUCCUAGUGGCAAAGUUUGUCACCAUUUUGGAAGGAGUCUUGGCCAAACUGUCUAGAUAUGAUGAAGGAACUUUGUUUUCUUCAUUCCUGUCAUUUACUGUGAAGGCUGCUUCCAAAUACGUGGAUGUACCCAAGCCAGGAAUGGAUGUUGCUGAUGCCUAUGUGACAUUUGUCCGCCACUCUCAGGAUGUCCUGCGUGAUAAGGUCAAUGAGGAGAUGUAUAUAGAAAGGUUAUUUGAUCAAUGGUACACCAGCUCCAUGAGUGUCGUGUGCACCUGGCUGACAGACCGCAUGGACCUGCAGCUCCACAUCUACCAACUGAAAACUCUCAUUAGGAUAGUAAAGAAAACGUACCGAGAUUUCCGAUUGCAAGGCGUGCUGGACUCCACCCUGAACAGCAAAACCUACGAGACCAUCCGGAACCGGCUGACGGUAGAGGAGGCCACGGCGUCGGUCAGUGAGGGCGGGGGGCUCCAGGGAAUCACCAUGAAGGACAGUGAUGAGGAGGAUGAAGAGGAUGACUAG